AUGGUGAUGGGAUUUUGGAUCGAUCUCAGCGGCGGAGCGUGGUGGCUUUGGGAGCGUGGUGGCUCUCGGGGAGCGGCGUGGAGAUGGAGACAAUAUGAUGGGAUUUUGGAUCGAUCUCAGCGGCUUUGGGAGCGCGGUUUUGGGAGCGCGGUGCGGCUCGGGAUCGCGGUGGCUCUCGGGGCUCUUGGGGACAGCGGCUCGGGAGCGCGGUGGCUCUCGGGAGCGCGAUGGCUCUCGGGGAGCGCAGUGGCUCUCGGGAGCGUGGUGGAGCGUGGUGGCUCUCGGGGGACAGCGGCUCGGGAGCGCGGUGUCUCUCGGGGACAACGGCUCGGGAGCGCGGUUCGGGAGCGCGGCUCGGGAGCGCGGAGAGCCACCGCGGCGUGGAGACAGGAUUUGCCUCUUGACAGUGGAAGGAUAACGGGCCUUUGCCUUCCGAGCCCACUAUGACCCAGUUAGCUGAUUCCGAUUGGAUUUUUUUUUAACUUCGAAAAUUAGUUGGCCUUUUUGUGAGGUUUUUCUAAAACAGGAUUUUCGAUUCGAUAUUUGUCGGCCCUCCUGGGCUACAUUUGAAUGUGAAGAGUAUUUUCGUGCACGUCUUUUUGUCCUAGUUCAAAUUUAGAAGGUAUGCAAAUUUUAAGGAUCUUUUAAUUAUGAAAUUAAGGUCUAAAAUAG